AUGGGACACCUUGGAGGGUCGGUUCUGCUGGUCGCUGCUGUCUUCUGGCACCACAUCUGCGGUGCUGCACUUCACUCUCUGCCCGCCUGCCACCAGCGGCUGGAGUUCAGGUGCAGCGAUGGUUCGUGCGUCUCGAAGGUGAAGCUGUGUGACGGACGCACAGACUGUAAGGACGGAUCAGAUGAACACCACUGCAGUGAGUACAAUGCUGACUACAUCCCAGACCGUCAUGUGUGCUCUGCUGGUUUCUUCUCCUGUGGGCCGUCUGAUGCCUGCCUGCCCGCCAGCAAGCUCUGUGACGGCCGGACCGAUUGCAAAGACGCACGGGAUGAGACCAAGGAGCUGUGCGGUCCGGGACGACCCGUCCCACAGACGUCCCCGACAUGUGCGGUGUCGGAGUUUGAGUGCGGAGACGGGAGCUGCAUCCCUCACAGCUGGAGGUGUGACCGCUCAGCAGACUGCCCUGAUGGCAGCGAUGAGGACCACUGUGAUCAGGACGAGUGUCGGGUGAAUAAUGGCGGCUGUUCUCAUUACUGCGUGGACCAGCCGAUGGGUUUCCACUGCAACUGCCCCGCCAACAUGAGGCUGGUCGAGGACACCCACUGUGAGGAGGUGGAUGCGUGCCUGGAGAGCGACGAAUGCGACCAGCUGUGUGUUCACGUGAACGGCAGCUUCACCUGUGACUGCCUCGAGGGCUACCGCAUGAAUCCAGUAACCAGAGAGUGCAACGCCGAAGGAGCCGAGGCUCAGCUGGUUUUCACAACGGCUAAAGGAAUACAGUGGAAGAGCAUUACUGGCCCUGAGAGCAAGGAACUGGCCCUACGUAUACCAGGGCCGGGGCCGGUGGCGGCUGUGGCCUCUAAGCGCAUCCUGUACUGGGCCCAGCAAGGACGAGGCUCCAUAUACAGGAUCUCCAUGGAUGGACAACCACAGAAGCCUGUGCUGGUGCUGAAAGUUCAAGGAUCAGUGUCGGGCCUGGCAGUAGACUGGAUCCACCAGCUUCUCUACUGGACCAGUGUGGAGACGGGUUCGCUGAGCGUCGCCCUGAUGGACGGUUCGGCUCAGCGGCAGCUCAUCACUGGCCUCGAUAAACCCUCUGCGGUGGCUGUGGAUCCUCUGCGAGGGCUGCUCUUCUGGACUCAGUGUGGCAGCUCUCCAAAGAUCGAGAGGGCUGCUCUGGACGGCCGGGGCAGGAUGACGCUGGUCUCUUCCUCAUUACGUCACCCCGUUGCCCUCUCCCUGGAUGUGCCUCGCCAGCUGCUCUACUGGGCCGACCAGGGAAUGAGAAGCAUCUCCAGAGUAAAUCUAGAAGGUCGCCACCGCAAAACAGUGGUCGAGUCUAACGGCUAUAUGGACCAUUGUUUGGGACUGGCUGUGUUCGAGGGGUUCGUAUAUUGGAGUGAAGACGUUACGCACUCCAUCUGUCGCGCAAACAAACACAACGGCAGAGACCUCCAGGUGCUGCUGUCUAACGUCACCUCGCCGGGUGGUGUUUCCAUCAUCCAGCCUGUUCUUCAGCCAAACGGACCGUCUGUAUGCGGACGCCCCGGGACAGUGUGUCACCACGAGUGCCUUGUCAACCUGCGCUCUGAGCAUCCAGAGUUCAGUUGCAUUUCUCCAGAAGUGAAGCAAAACCAAUCUCAAGAAACCCCUGCCAUCGCCCACACGGUGCCUGCAUCGACUUUAUCCGACCCUGCGUUUGCUGGAAUCCUCUCUCUUAUCAUGUUCCUCAGUGUGCUGCUGGCGGGAAUGGCUGUGUGGUGGUGGAGAGAAGAGUUCAGGCCGUCCAGGUCUCUCGCCGUGCAGAGCUUCGCCUUUAAAGAGUCCCGAGACCCGCUCAUCAUUCAGGGGCCCCCCGCGGGUCCAAACACAUGUCUGGUCAAGGAAACUCUGCUUAAGCUGGACUUGGACGGUGAAUGAAGGUGAGACAAAGACGGUCAGCUGACUGGGCUUCUCCUGUACAUGUGUCAACCCCCGCAGUGACCUCCGAGCUGAGAGCACAACAAGACGACGAACCCGGCUGGUCACCUGCCACGUCCAACUCCCUCUGGAGGCUUAAGUCACUGCAGCAGUGACGUCUGGGUAAAUAUCUGAGUUGAGAAAGGAGAAAAACGGCCUUCAGUCCUAACUGUUGUACCUUCAGAUGUGAAGGGUCUCACUUCCAGCCCUGGUGGCUGCCUGACAGGAACAACAGGAGGAGCCGGUUAUUCAGGAUCUAAAAAUGGCCUCAUAUGACACCUCCCAGGAGCCCUGUUAGAGCACUGCACACACCAACAGCUGCCCGAGUCACCCCACAUCUGCUGUACGUUUAAUCCGUGGACCCACAUACCCACCCCGACAUCUCCCAAACAUUCUUGUCUUUUUGCAGAAGGAGAAACCUUUUCUUCUUUUUU